AUGACCGACAAGCACAUAACCAUUGGUAAUGAACGCGUCAAGAGAAAAGCACUCGAACGAGACAUUCGGCUGUUAAUUGAGGGCUACGUAGAGAAGUCUUCAACUGACUAUGCAACCUUCAACCAAGUCUGGACGAAUUUGCAAUUCUCUUUGAUACACUUUGUCUGUCCAGAAAAAUCGGGUCGAGAGCUUUUCAUGCAGUGUCUCUAUCAGAUAACUUUAUCGAACUACUUGGAAACUCGACUUGGCGUGCUGUUUACGUUGUACCUUCUCUACUUCACACAACCAGAAGCCUUUUUCCGCGUAAAGAUUCGCUUGUCACCAACCAUGUGGCAGGCCUUGUAUGCGCUAUACGAGUAUUGCAAAGAGAACGAAUUGGAGGAUGCAGCGUUUGUGUAUAAAAAACUCAGAACGUCUCAAGCAUUCGUGUUUGUAGCAGUGGCAGAUCCAUGCGGCGAAUUCGGCAACAUAAUGACUGACAUCGACCCCAAAAAACAUGCAUUUCACGAGUUCAAUUCAAUAACAGAGCAUAUCAGGGCAUUUUCACUAGAUGCCUCUGAUUGUCAUGAAAAUCUAGAUAAGCUAGAGGAAAUCUCAAGAAAGUACUACGAGAAGAAACAUGGAGUAACAGAUACUCCUUUAGCAAAACGAGUUGCAGAAGAAGUAUCGCGUCAAAUGACAAGAUCGUGUGAAGGACCAGUUGAUUUCGCACACGUCGUUUCACCUUUAUCCGCUUCCGAUGAGUAUUUGUUGAAUGGUUUACGGUCCAAGCUCGCACGACUUGGAGAGAACCGCGAAUCCGUUCUACAUAGAGCAAGCGAAGCUUUGAAAGAAGAGCUGUUGACCAGCAAUGAUAACCGAACAACCACGGAAAUGGACGAUACCACAAAUACCGAAGAAGCACAAUCUGACGAAGAACAGAGGACUUCGUUUGAUAUUCGAAACAACAUUAGAGCACAAACGUUCUCUGAUCGAGCCUUCAUAUCUCCAGCAAUACGCGCAAUGUAUAGGUCUACUACAAAUAUGUAA